GUGGGGUUCCUCCCUGGUUCCAAUGUAAAACCUCCUCUCUGUCUCUCAGUCCAAGCUGAAUGCGCUAGGACCGCGGGGACCAGUGCGCAGGCGCAGACGGAACAGGCGCACUUGGGGUUGCAACUAAGUGAGUUUGAGUGUGACAGAGGCAGGCAGGCAAAAACCGCUAGAUUUUGGGAAUUACACAGGAGCCGAUGUAGAUCAGCACAAGUCUUGUCCGAACCUUUCAUCUCAGUUUGAAUGUGUUGGAGGUUUCGUUUCAGAGCGAUCAUCAGGGACCUUCAAGAUCCGGGAAAAGCGCGGAGGAAAACUUUAAUGAGAGUAGCGGCACAACUGAGAAAAGUUUGAGAAAAUCUUUUUUUUUUUAACUUUUUCUAAGAAAAAGUGACAGCGAGCCUCUGGCUGUGACUCCUUGGUGUCCCACUAACCUCUGGAUUAACUCUUGGAGAGGAAGAUAGCGGUAAUCUGGACACUCCCAAGUGUCCUUAAAGUGAUGUAAACCUCUCGAGGUAAUUAAUGAGAACACCAGCUUUUUAAGAGAGAAAGUUGCGCAUGUGUGGAGGUGUGUAAGGCGUCUGGAUGGACUUACUCUUCCUUUGACUUCAUAUGGACCAGAAUGAGCUGUGCGCCCGGGCUGCCAUGACAUGACGGGACAGUGCUGGAAAAUCAGGACUGUUGAUUUUUUCUAAAAUGAGCGAAUGAGCGGAGGACCCUCAACUUUUAAGUAUUCGUUCAAGAAAAUACAGUAAGAUAACCCCUCAUCUUCUCGACCCCCUCACCCUCCUCAUUGAAAGCUUCAUGUUGGAGAUAUGGGAUGACUGGAGGCGGGGGUGCAGCUGAGGUGAGCUCCAGCCGAAGGACAAUGUUUGCGCCCGGCGUUGGCAUCCCUCCGCUGCCGGGGCGUCUGGUACUGAUGCUGCUCCUGCUGUGCGCCUCCAAACCCAGGCUCUCCACGGCCUGUCCCGGGUUACUAGCCUCCACCAGCGGCUGCAGCUGCACGGACGAGCGGGGGAAAAUGCACGGCGUCCAGGGCCAGGCUGCUGGGAGGAGAGUCAGUUGCACCAAGGAGGAGCUGAGUGAACCUCCGGAUGGCAGCCUGCUGCCCAACAGGACCGUCACCCUGAUACUGAGCCACAACAAAAUCAGAGUUCUGAAAAAUGGAUCCUUCAAUGGACUUCUUGCUUUGGAGAAACUGGACCUCAAGCACAACUUAAUCAGCACCAUCAUGCCUGGAGCCUUCCAGGGCCUGUCCGAGCUUCGGAAACUCGACCUCUCCAACAACCGCAUUGGCUGCCUGACUGCUGUCAUGUUCCAGGGGUUGACCAACCUCACGAAACUGAACCUCUCUGGCAACAUCAUAUCCACCCUGGAUCCUGGAGUGUUUCAGGAGCUGCCGUCCCUCAAGCAAGUGAACUUCAACUCUGAAUACCUAUCGUGUGACUGCGCACUGCGUUGGCUUCCUGGAUUCUUCCGCAGCACUUCCGCCCGGUUGGGAGAUGAAACUCUGUGUGCCUACCCAAGAAGCCUGCGGGGAAAACCCCUGCGAGGACUGAGGGACAGUCAGCUGACUUGUGAUGGUCCUCUGGAGCUGCAUACCUUGUCACUGCUUCCAUCCCAGCGUCAGGUGGUCUUUAAAGGUGACCGCCUGCCUUUCCACUGCACUGCAGCCAUGGUGGACAAGAUCACCACCUUACACUGGCGCCACAAUGGUCAGCAGGUGACCUCUGACCCUGAGAUGGGUGUCCAGCUGGAGAGCAAUGUGUUGCAUGACUGCACCUUUAUCACCAGUGAGCUUAUUCUAUUCAACGUACGUGCGGAGGCCAGAGGAGAGUGGGAGUGUGUUGUUUCCACCGGGCGGGGCAACACCUCUCGCAGUGUUGAAAUACUGGUGCUGGAAAACAGCGCCUCCUUCUGUCCAGAGGAUAAAGUUGUCAACAACCGUGGAGAGUUCAGGUGGCCAAGGACUCUGGCAGGCAUUACCUCUCAUCAGUACUGCUUGCAGAUGCGAUACUCUUCUCUAUCUAUGGAGGGAGGUCUUGAGCAGAAAAAGGCUUCCAGAUUCUGUGAUGAAAAUGGAAAGUGGAGGGAUGCUAACUAUACGGACUGUCACUACACUAACGGCAUCACUCGAGUCCUGCACACCUUCAUCCUGAGGCCAAUCAACGUGUCCAAUGCUGUGACUCUAGCUCAUCAGGUUCGCACAUACACCCUGGAGGCUGCAGGCUUCACUGACUCUGUGGAUGUGUUGUAUGUGGCCCAAAUGAUGGAGAAGUUUAUGGAAUAUGUCAAACAGUUAAGAGAGUUGUCAGAGGUGUUGGUGGAGAUGGGUAGUAACCUGAUGCAGGUGGAUGAUCAGCUCCUAGCGCUGGCACAGAGAGAGAAGAGGGCAUGCAGCUCGAUAGUUUACUCUCUAGAGACCCUGGCCUGGCCUCAGCUACACAGUCAUGCUCAGGACUUCUCAAUGGUGUCGAGGAACAUCGUGAUGGAGGCCCACUUCAUCCGACCCGCCCACUUCACUGGCAUAACUUGCACUGCGUAUCAGCGUCGGGACAUCUCAACAAGCAGCCUGGGAGCAGACAUGGGAGACUCCACUCAUGAGCAGCAGCUUCGAUUCCGCUGCAGCACCGGCUCCCAUAACACCUCCCUCAACAAUUUCCCCCUAAAGAACUCAGUAGCCCUGGCCUCCGUGACUCUCCCGGUGACUCUGUUUCCUCCUGAUGCUCCUGCGGACUGUAAGCUGCAGUUUGUAGCCUUCAGAACGGGCAGGUUCUUCCCUCUGUCUGGGAACUCGAGCAACAAUGGCGAGCACUCACGCAGACGUAGCGUCAACACUCCUGUCAUCUUUGUUGGCCUCGAUGGCUGCAGUAUGUGGAACCACUCCGAGCCCAUCUGGGUGUCCUUGCGCCACUUGUCCCCUGGUUCUGACGCUGUGGCAGUCCAGUGGAGCCUGAAAGCACUGGAGAAACAGGGAAGCUGGAACCAGGAGGGCUGUCAGCUGGUCCACAGUGACAGUAGCACCUCUACCAUGCGCUGCUCUCUGCUCAGCAACUACGCUGUGCUGCAGGAGGUUCCUGACUUCCCCAAUUCCUUACCCAUCUCUGUAAGGGUGCUCCACCCGGUGGUGUAUGCUAGCACUGCACUGCUCCUCCUCUGCCUCUUCACCAUCAUCAUCACUCACAUACUGCAUCACAGCACCAUUCAUAUAUCAAGAAAGAGCUGGCACACUUUACUGAAUACCUGCUUUCACAUUGCCAUGACAACAGCCAUCUAUGCAGGAGGCAUAAGCUUAACCAGCUACCCAGUGGUUUGCCAAGCAGUGGGCAUCGCCCUGCACUACUCCUCUCUCUCGACCCUGCUGUGGAUCGGAGUCAGCGCCAGGGUCCUCUACAAAGAGACUGUGUGGAGAACACCGCGGCCAACUGAAGGAGAGCCUCCUGCUCCUCCUACUCAGCGACCUAUGCUCAGGUUUUAUUUGAUAGCGGGUGGAGUUCCCCUUAUCAUUUGUGGGAUCACUGCAGCUGUCAAUGUUAACAACUACGGAGACAACAGCCCUUACUGCUGGCUGUUGUGGCGCCCCAGUCUAGGGUCUUUCUUUGUCCCUGCUGGCCUGGUGGUGUUGGUGACCUGGAUCUAUUUCCUGUGCACAGGGAUCCGCCUGAGGCACCGGGUAGCCAAAGAAUGCACAGGAACCACCCUGUCCACCCCUGUGACUGAGAGCCAGCCUGCACUAGCAGGAAGCACCAGCCUCCUCUCCACAGACUCAGCGGUGGGGCCUAUUACUCCUGUUGUAACCCCAGAGGACCAGUACUCUCUUAAGACACAGUUCUUGGUGCUGGUGGCAACUCACUUCCUGUUUGUGGCUCUGUGGUGUUGUGGAGCCAUGGCAAUGUGGCUGACGGGGCGCACCAGCUUGUUGUUUAGCUGUCUCUAUGGGAUAGCUGCUACAGUUUUGGGGGUGUUUCUGGUGGUGCAUCACUGCUUCAGACGUCUGGAUGUGCAGGCGUCAUGGCUUGCAUGUUGUCCACGUUAUCGUCGCUCCCAACCGAUUUCUACCUACACACACACCUGCACCACUGGGAGUGGAGUGCAGACCUCUGAGCAAGGAUCACAGCUUUUUAUUAACUGUCAUCCACCUGCUGAAUCUCAUAACUCCUCGUCAGCUCGGUCAUCUUCCACACCGAGUGGAAUCAGUAGUGUUGGCCCGGGGCCCUGCAAGCUCACCAACCUUCUGCAGGUGGCACAAGACAAUUCAAACAACACAGCACGGCCCCCUGCAGGCAACAACACCAGCACCAGUACUGAUAACAUCACCAAGCCCACAAACAAUGUCCUGCCUAUCAUUAACUCUGCAGCUCCUGUGCACCCCCAGAGGAGAAAAGUGGGGAGCAGGACUAAACAAGGGAGUGGCCAGUAUCACCAUCGAGGUGAGGGCAGGGGUCACUACCGCCUUAAAGCUCUAAGGACUGCAGGAGGAGGGGGCAGCCUGGGAGCUUUAGGACCCUCUGGAUUAGAUCACCUCAGUUCUUCACAUGUGGCUUACAAACAGGCCACAAGUGAAAAUGGAAGCAUACACCACAGCCUUUCAGAGACCCAGACCAGUCUGCUAACCAAUGGGAAGCGCGUUGGGGAAUCAGUGGCAACAAGCCCCUCGGAGGGCAGUGACGGGGGCAGCAGCGGGAGCCGCAAACCCUUUCCCCUGCUGCCCUCUAUGGCCAGCAGAGCGGCCAUGCAUGGUGCUCAGAGACGAUGCGCCAGCAAAGACAAUUUGAAACUUGCUGCUGCGGCAGAGCGAGAAACUAAGCGCUGCUCCUACCCUUUGAACAGUGUCACCACCACUGUGCCGGGGGCUGCUGCUCCAAACGGCACCUUGAAAAAGUCAGUACUGGAGCUGGAGCAGGACAUGAGUGGCACUGACCAAUCACAGAGCUCUGUUGGGAUGAAGAGUGGUUUGUGGAAAAGUGAAACCACAGUGUAACCUACACUUAUAUGUGAACUUCUAUGCAUGACCUUAAUGGACUCUUUAAAUGACUGGGUUAUGUUUUAAUGGUCUCUUGAUUAUUAUAAUUAAAUAAUUUAAGAAGUUAAAUCAUGGAGGCAUCCAGGACCCUAAACUGGUACUUUUGCCUCUGUUACAUUGUAAAAGUUUGAUGUGAAAUGUUAAAAAAAAAAUAACAAGGCAGGUUUUUGUAUUGUAAUUUUCAAACACUAGAUACUCGUUUAUUUUAUUCAUUUUGCAAAAAAUGUACAAUAUAUCUCUGAAUUAGCAUAUGAGGUUGAUUUUGGAUGUCUGAUGAAAGCUUUACUUUUUUCUUAGUAAUUUUUCUAUGCAUAUCAACCAUUGCAUGAAAUGGAAGGUGAGAAGGUCCAUUUCAAGAGUUCAACUUUAUGCAGUUAAUUCAUAGACAACCAUCCACCCUUAUUUUUGCCUUAUGUCAUUGUUUGCCUGUGCUAAUAAUGUAUGCUUUUGUGUGUUCUCUCUGUGUGUGUGAGAGAGUGUGCUUGUGUGUGUGGUUGUGUGUGUAUGCGUUACAUGUAUGCAAAUACAGUUGGAGACUUAUUGCGUCAUUGUGGCUGUACAAAGCCGAGAGUGGAUUAAAAAAGCUAUUUGAGACUUGUGAAAAUAUGAUUGAUUGCUUAAUAUUCAUUUUUGAUGUUCUCCAAACAGCACUGAUAGAGCCCCACUUAUCAAAUAAGUUACGCAGGAAUAGAAGACAGGAGUUGCUUCUAUCAUGCAGCCACUUUAUUCAGUCCUUGCAAAUUACUUCCCCCUCCUGGAUGGUAAAGGAACUCUUGAGUCUUUUUCAGGGAUCAUACAUGUGUUGCAAGUCAGACAAAUCUUGCAGGUUGAGCAGUGAUAAACUCAUCCAAAUACUAAACAAACAGUAAACACUCUCGCAAUAAUUUGUAAGAUAACAUUAAAAAAACUUCAACAUUGA